AUAAUUUUUAUUUCAUUUAAAUUCUGUGUUUCUCAUGUGUUAUGUCAUGAGAAAAGUGUGAAACUAUUUUCAAACUCACAAGUGAUAUAAUUUGCUGUCAAUGGCUGAGGCACCAGAAGUACCGGACAGUGACCUAUCAUCGGACGACUGGGACUACCGGUCCCGGUCCUCAAGUGCCGACUCUGUCCACCAGUCCAUGAUAUUCACGGCCCGACAAGUGUCGUGUGACUCGGACUCGUCGAGUCUGGACCUGUCUUACCUGAAUCUGGACUCGAGCUCAUUGGGCGCCAAUGUAUCCCAAUUCAACUCGACCUCAUUGGCCACAAUCAACUUAAGCGGCAAUCGGUUGACUGGUAUUCCCUAUCAGUUGACGGCAUACACGCACCUCAAGAUGUUAGACCUGUCGCACAACCAGUUGACCGCUAUAUGCGACACGAUUUGUCAAUUGAAAAGUUUACGCACUUUUAUCUGCGCUAACAAUCAUUUGGACGAAAAUAGUUUCCCCAAAGACUUCGGCACCACUUUUGCUAAUUCAUUGUCUGUGCUAUCAUUGGGUGGAAAUAUGUUUAAAGUAAUUCCUCAACAAAUUCUUGAGCUCAAGUCAUUGAAGUCAUUGUAUUUGGGCAGUAAUGCCAUUGAGUCGGUGCCCCGGGAUAUCCAUCGCCUGGAAUCGUUGCGUUUGCUGUAUUUGGGAGGCAAUCAACUGUCGGAACUGCCCGAAGAGGUGGGCCGACUGCAG